AUGUCAACAACAGACGAACAUAGUAAAUACCAAGUGGAGGCCAGCCAUUAUGAAGAUGGUGGUCAUCCCGAUCUCGAGAAAACCACGUCAAAUGAAAUCACGAUCCAACACGCUCCCGAGGGUACUGCUAGUGCUAGCAAGGCGCUUUUCAUGUUGUUGAAAGCUUUUAUCGGCACGGGUGUUAUUUUCUUGCCAGCAUCGUUCAAGAACGGUGGUCUUGCGUUAUCAAUUGCAUUGAUGGUUAUUCUUGGUCUCAUUUGUCUUGUUGCUUUCCAUCUUCUUGUUAUUGCUCAAUCUGCUGUUGGUGGCUCGUAUGGUGACAUUGCUUACAGACUCUAUGGUCGCUAUUGCCGAUAUGUGGUCUUGUUCUUUUUGUGCGUGUCCCAAAUCGGCUUUGUUUCAUCCUACCUCAUGUUUGUCUCUCAAAAUAUCCAUCUGGUCGCAGAAGCACUUUCAGGGUGCAAUCCACCUUUUGAAAGCAAAUACUGGAUCUGGAUUGUUCUUGCCAUUGUUAUUCCCAUUUGCUGGGUCCGCAAAGUAGCUCGAUUGUCUUACGCAGCCGUCAUUGCCGAUAUCUUCAUUCUCUUUGGUCUUAUUUGCAUUCUCUACUACACUGGCAAGGAAAUCAACGAAAAUGGUCCCGGUCCCAAUAUCAUCAUUUACAACCAAAAAGACUUUGCUCUUAUGAUCGGCACAGCAACCUUUUCCUUUGAAGGCAUUGGCAUGGUUAUCUCGAUUGUUGAAGGCAUGAAGGAGCCACGCAAAUUCCCUAUGGUGCUCAACAUUGGUAUGGCCAUUGUUAUUGGUGUCAUGGUCCUCAUUGGUACCCUUGGUUACGUCGCCUAUGGUGAAAACAUUUCAGCCAGUGUUGUGGCUAAUCUCAAGACUGAACCCCUCUCUGUCACCGUACAAUUGCUUUACGCUAUUGCUAUGAUCUUGUCUUCGCCCUUCAUGUUGUGGCCUCCUCUUACCAUUAUCGAACGUGGUAUCUUUGGUACCAAGCGAAGUGGUCAAAUGAAGCUUAAGUACAAGUGGGGCAAGAACUUUGUACGUGCUCUUGUUGCAUGUGUACCCGCUGCCAUUAGUUUUGGUGUUGGUUCUGAUAACCUUGACAAGUUUGUCUCGCUUGUGGGUAUCGUUGCUUGUUUGCCAUUGUGCUUCAUUUUCCCAGGCAUGUUCCACUGGAAAGUAACCAAGAAUUGGUGGUUGAGAAUUGUCGAUGCCAUCCUCAUUAUGUGGGGUUCCGGUAUCCUUGUUUACACUUUGUACGUCAACAUCUCAUCAUGGCUCGAACCAUCAACCAGCGCUCCCGCUGUGUGCCAUUCCUUGUACGAGUAA